AUGUAUGGAAAAAUUAGAAAUAUUACUUCGUCGACGACGUCGGAAGAUGCAAUUUUGAAAUCUCAUCUCAAAAGACAAGGGGAGAAUCACUAUAAGCACCAGAAGGAAUUCCAAGAAAAUCUAAGUAAAUUCUUAGAAAAUGGACGUGUUUUUGUUGAAACACUAAAAUUUCGAAGUGUCAUUUCAGGACGUCAGGAAAAAGCACUAUGA